AUGGAAUCUAAAAAAAUUGACCCUUCCAAAGCUUGUGUUGUUGCCUUUUGUAACGAUACUCAAAGAAUUAAUAAAUGUAUUGGAAAAAGAGACCCCGAAGCAACAACCGAAACUUUUGAGACUAUAAAACCUUUAAAUAAUAGAAUUUUUUAUGAACCACUUGAUAAAAGAUUUACUUACUUUAGAUUAUUUCAAGAAAUUGAAAAUCGAGGAGAUAAGCUUGAAUUACAUGAUGUUAUAUUAACUUUCGAAGUAACAUCAUACCAUCGUCUGGAUAGUACAGAACUUUUAGAACUACCAGUAGGUGUUGAUAUGGAAGGUGAUGAUAUAACAACCAAUAUCACUCCAAUUCAAGAAGAUUUAGAAUUAAAAUUUUACCUCAUCGAAAUUUGUGACAAAGAAAUAGCAGUUCAACCUGACCCAGGAAUCGGAGAUAUACUUUUAGAUAGAGAUUUUAAAGAUAUUCAAUUUCGAGAAUAUAUAAACCCUAUAAUGGAAUAUACCGAAAAAAUAGGAUGUGAAGGAUGUAUGUUUCAAAAUCAUGUGUUCGAGUUCUGUAUUGACUUUGGUAAAUUGAAAGUCUGUAAAUUAGAAAUUGAUGAAAAUGAUGCAAAAACAUUUGAUAAAGGAAAUUACGCGUUCGUUAUCAUAAUGGAUUAUAUGGACUGGAUGUAUAAAUUCAAAAAAACCACCGGAACCAAUCAUCCAGAAAAUCUCGGUGAAACCUUCGAUUUAGAUAAUGGAAAUUGUGGAAUUCCUUUAUUCAUAACUAACUUAACAAUGGAAUUUACUUGGAAACCUCAUGAAGAUUUCACUAAUAAUAUUACUGCUUUCAUUGAAAUGAUGGAUAAAUGUUGUAAAAAAGAUGAUG